GCGGCACUGCAGUGAUUUUAUCUGCCUCUUUGCAGACGAGCACGCACAUACGGGGCAAUAUUUGCCUCGCUCGAAGAAAAUACAGGUUGUUGCCGUUUUCUUGCUUUGAAUGCGAGGUGGGAGCAUGAGGAAAAGCGGACUUUAAAAGGGGAUCGGAACCGCUCGGCGGUCAGUAGCGCCCUGUCCCCUCCGGCCUAAAGGGGGAACGGAAAUGUGAGGAUUUUGUGAGGGCGGGGAGCCGGGGUGCGGAGGAAGCACUGCCCGGGGGGUGCUGGAGGGAACGCAGGACCGAACCGCGGGCGCCCCUUCUUCGGCUCCGUCCUUUUUCGGCUUCCCCUUUCGCUUUACUCCGGUCUCUCUCCUAGACGUCCUGCCUUAAACUACCGCGAAAGGGAGGGAAGAGCGGAAGCAUGUCCAACCCGGAGAAGCGGAUCUUAUCCCGCCCCUCGGCCCCCCUGGCUGCAGCACCCGGGGAAAAGCCCGGCUCCGGCAGCCGCCCGCUCCACUCCCAUGGCCAGAGCGGCGGAGGUGGAGGCAGCGGCGGUUCUCCUCCUCCUCCCCCCGCUCCUGGAGGCGGCUCGGCUGCCUGCAGCUCUCUCUCUCUCCUCCUAACAACCACCAGCAGCAGCAGGAGCCGCGCUGCAGGGACAGCCUCCUCCGCCGCCUCCGCCAGCAUCGUCCCCAGAGCGGCAGCGGCUCCUUUCCUCGCUUCAGUCCCCUCCUUUUCCUCCGCUUCUCCAUCUUCUUUUUACUUCUUGCCGCCGCCUCCUCGUUUCCCCUCCUCGUCUUCCUUUAACCUCACAAGUCUCCAAGGGAGGGAAGGAGGAGGAGAGGCAGCGAGAGCGGCAGGAGGAGGAGGAGGAAGAGAUGUUGGCGGAGCAGCAGCAGCAGCAGCUCACUUGAUCGCCCAUCCAGGCGGCAGCGGCAGGAGGAGACUCUUCUGUUCUUCCUCCAUCCAGGGCUUGCUGCUCCGUUCCGCAGCCGGCGGCCCCCGGCAGCACCACUCCCGGCUCCUCCUCUCGCCAGCCGCCUCUCUCCCGUGGUCCUGCAAUUCCCUCGGUGCUGCAGCAGCAGCAGCCCGCGGCGACGGGAUCCGAGGAGGCGACGGCCCCGGCGGGAGCAGGACUCCUAGGCGGCAGCAGCGGCAGAGAGACGCCUUCUUCUCCUUCUCGUCUCCCUUGCUUCUAGGGCCAGACAUGGAAGAUGGAUCUAAUUCUGCAAGCUGCUUUAGGAGGUUUACGGACUGUUUCUUGAACACAAGUUUAACAGAUGAAAAAGUGAAGGCCUAUCUUUCUCUUCACCCCCAGGUACUGGAUGAGUUUGUGUCAGAAAGUGUAAGUGCGGAAACUGUGGAAAAAUGGUUAAAGAGGAAAAAUAAUAGACAAGAAGAUGAAUCGACUCCUAAAGAAGUCAGCAGGUACCAGGAUACGAAUAUGCAAGGUGUAGUGUACGAAUUGAACAGCUACAUAGAACAACGCCUGGAUACAGGAGGAGAUAACCAACUACUUCUGUAUGAACUGAGCAGCAUCAUUAAAAUAGCUACAAAAGCUGAUGGAUUUGCACUAUAUUUCCUGGGAGAAUGCAAUAAUAGUCUGUGUGUAUUUACACCACCAGGAGCUAAAGAAGGACAACCACGGCUCAUUCCUGCAGGGCCCAUUGCACAUGGCACUACAGUAUCUGCUUAUGUAGCCAGAUCCAGAAAAACGUUGUUAGUAGAAGAUAUUUUGGGGGAUGAGCGAUUUCCCAAAGGUACUGGUCUGGAAUCAGGGACUCGUAUCCAAUCUGUUCUGUGUUUGCCAAUUGUCACUGCAAUUGGUGAUCUAAUUGGUAUCCUGGAGCUUUACCGUCACUGGGGCAAAGAAGCCUUCCACCUUAGUCAUCAAGAGGUUGCAACAGCAAAUCUUGCAUGGGCUUCAGUAGCAAUACAUCAAGUACAAGUGUGCCGGGGCCUUGCCAAGCAGACUGAACUGAAUGACUUCUUGCUUGAUGUAUCAAAAACGUAUUUUGAUAAUAUAGUUGCAAUAGAUUCUCUACUUGAACAUAUAAUGAUAUAUGCAAAAAACCUGGUGAAUGCAGAUAGGUGUGCACUCUUCCAGGUUGACCACAAAAAUAAGGAGCUGUAUUCAGACCUUUUUGAUAUUGGAGAAGAGAAUGAUGGGAAACCUGUCUUCAAGAAGACCAAAGAAAUAAGAUUUUCUAUAGAAAAAGGAAUAGCUGGUCAAGUGGCAAGAACAGGAGAAGUCCUUAACAUCCCUGAUGCCUAUGCAGAUCCACGCUUUAACAGAGAAGUAGACCUCUACACAGGCUACACAACCAGAAAUAUCCUGUGCAUGCCUAUUGUAAGCCGUGGAAGUGUAAUAGGUGUUGUGCAGAUGGUGAACAAAAUAAGUGGAAGUGCCUUCUCUAAAACUGAUGAGAACAACUUUAAAAUGUUUGCAGUCUUUUGUGCUUUAGCCUUACACUGUGCUAAUAUGUACCACAGAAUUCGCCAUUCAGAGUGUAUUUACCGUGUAACAAUGGAGAAGCUAUCCUACCACAGUGUUUGUACAGCAGAAGAGUGGCAAAAUCUCAUGCACUGUACACUGCCUCCACAUAUUUAUAAAGAAAUUGAACUAUACCACUUUGAUAUCAGUCCCUACGAGGAUGUCUGGCCUGCCAUUUUUGUCUACAUGGUUCAUCAGUCCUGUGGGACAGCCUGCUUUGAACUUGAAAAGCUAUGCCGAUUUACUAUGUCUGUAAAGAAGAAUUAUCGCCGUGUGCCCUACCACAACUGGAAGCAUGCCGUUACCGUUGCACAUUGCAUGUAUGCCAUACUUCAGAACAACCAGGGGCUUUUCACGGACCUAGAGCGAAAAGGUCUUUUAGUUGCAUGCCUGUGUCAUGACCUGGAUCACAGAGGCUACAGUAACAGCUAUCUUCAGAAGUUUGAUCACCCCUUGGCUGCUCUCUAUUCCACAUCAACGAUGGAACAGCACCACUUCUCUCAGACAGUGUCCAUCCUGCAGCUGGAAGGGCACAAUGUCUUCUCCAAUCUGAGCUCCAGUGAAUAUGAGCAAGUACUUGAGAUCAUCCGGAAAGCCAUCAUUGCCACAGACCUUGCCCUGUAUUUUGGAAAUAGAAAACAGCUUGAAGAGCUGCAUCAGACGGGAGCAUUAAACCUUAAGAAUCAAGCACACAGAGACAGAGUGAUUGGUCUGAUGAUGACAGCUUGUGAUCUGUGUUCUGUAACAAAGUUGUGGCCGGUUACCAGACUGACGGCCAAUGAUAUAUAUGCGGAAUUCUGGGCUGAGGGUGAUGAGAUGAAGAAAACAGGUAUUCAACCUAUUCCUAUGAUGGACAGAGACAAGAAAGAUGAAGUCCCUCAGGGUCAGAUUGGGUUCUACAAUGCUGUAGCCAUCCCAUGUUACACCACACUUGCACAGAUAUUUCCUCCAACUGGGCCACUACUCCGAGCAUGCAGGGACAAUCUCAACCAAUGGGAGAAAGUAACAAGAGGUGAGGAAGCCUCCAUAUGGAUUCCCUCCCAGUCCCUCGCUCCUGGGACCUCAGAUUCACUUCCUGUGAAGAUCGAUGACUGAACAGCAGCAACAGAUUGCUUGAACCUGAAAAGCAUCCCUGCUUAUUUUGGGGGUUUUUAGUUUUGGUUCAUUUUUAUUUGGGGAAUAAAAAAAAAAAAAGAGAGAGAAAAAAAAGGAAAAAGAAAAGCUACAGAAUGCUAAGAAGUAGAUCUGCCUAGGAAGGUAACACUCAUGGAGUUACCUCAGCUAAAUGACUCUGGCAGCCAAUCUCCUGAUCUACACUAGUGACACAACAUCAACAGAGGGAAAAUGACAACCCAGAUGUUUUGGAGUCAGCUAUCAAAAGAGAACUUACAACUUGUGAAUAUAAAAGACUGGCCUUAUCUCAUGGGCUACAUUGCUGAGGCCUUAAUUUAAAACUGAUGGGGGGGCAGGGAGGGGGGCAGAAUAAAAUCUUAGGGGGUACUUCUAAAUUGUAUCUUUCUAGUAAGGGUUUCAAUGGUACUUUUAUUAUACCGUCCUGUGGCUGGCUUUAACACCAGUGUCACUUGGGAGUUCUUGGCUAUAAAUAGAACAAUAUACCCAUUGCUAUUGUGAAUGUUUAUGUGUGAUCUACUUGUAAUCAGUUUGAAUUCCAGCAGAAUCCUUGGAGGCUAUCAUUCAUGCUUAGGUUACAGUGAAUUCUCUUGCUGCAAACUAAAGGAAAACCAACAUUCGGGUUAAAGUUUCAAAGUACUUCAUCAAGCAUCAUGAUGCAAAUUAUCUGUCACUUACAUGGCAAACGUUGAAAGAACUAGUGAUGGUGCUUUGUUCUUCAGAAUAGUUUAUAAAGCUAGACAACUCCUCCCUUUAAACACUGGAAGUACUGGAUAUUUAUCUCUGAUAUGAGAGAGUUUCAGGUUGGAGUUUUUGUAUCCAUAGUGACAGAAGUAUCAGAUUAAAAUUUAAAUGUGACAGCAAAGAUUUCCUUGCCUAGCUCACAAUUAAGUAAAGUCAUAAUUUUUAUUUCUACCUGCUGAGUUGUAUUUUAAAAGGUAUUGGAGACAUACCCGAGGUAUGCUAUCUGCUGGGAACAAAAGCUUUGUCAGAAAAGUCAGGUCUGAUAAGAGGGAUGGUGGUACCAUCACAAUAAAUCAAAAAUGUUUUUGUAUUGACUAGCUUUUGUGUCGCACAGUAACACUGCAUGUCUUCUGCUGCUCUUUUCCCCCAUCCUGAGAUGAGUGAAAUUACAAAAAUUCUCCAUUUGUCUGUUUGCUUUUUUUCCCCUAGUACAGAAAAAUUUCCAGGGCUUAGAACGGCCUUUCUUAGUGAAAGAAUAGCUGACUGAAGAAAAGUACGCUAAAAUAGUGUGUUUACAGUUCUGUGCUGACUUAGGCUUCAGCCUUACAAACCUCUGCACAGACUUUAAGACCUUGCAUUUAAUGCCACUCUUUUAAAUUUAGUGCAAUUUUGCAGAGUAUGUUUCAACAACACUUAAUUUGCCUUCAUCUUUCCCUCAAAAAUAAUGAGGAAAAAAAUCUUCAUAUUGAUCCGUACAGUAGGUGAAAACACAGGCUUUGCAUACCUUUCACAUACAGCCUAUACUGCAUUAUAUGCUUUUUCACAGGUCAUAUACUUUUGCAGUUGUUCCAUGAUAACAUGGCCAUUUGUGUAACUUUAACAAUUAAUAGGGUCUUAAAGACAGAACACAGGUUCUCUUUUUCCAUCUCAUGUCUGUUGAGCUGUGUUGCUCUAAUAAGCAUGCCAUUGUAUGGGUUUCAUGUAAAUUACUUGGACUCUUGAGUUUUGCCUUCUGUUAUGGUCGAGCACAUACCAGUAUCUGUACAUGUGUACAGUAUGUGAUAAAUAAUUGCAUAAUGUAAAUGCACCUAAGCCUUUGCAGUACAUAGAUAUCCCAGAGGCUGAGAAUUCAAUAUGAAGUUACCUUAUUUGUAUGGAACAGAUUACCUAGCAGCAACCCCAUAAUUUUUUUCUGUUUGCUUUACCAAUUCUAAGUGCAGAAAUUCAUUGUUAACCACAGCAAAUUAGUUUGGCAUUUUUUUAAAAAUGGCAGGAAACACACCAAAGUAGAAUGAAUAGUAUCUCAUGCUGUGUCCUCUGCUUUAAUCCUUAGCAGUUCUGUUUUAAGUAAAUCAUGCAGAUGCAGCCUUUCAUCUGCUGAGUACUUGAGACGCAAUCCAUGGUUCCUAAUUUACAUGGAAAUUAUCCAAAUCCACAGUGACUACAAAAAUACUCUCUACAAUUCAGGUACCCCAGCAACUGGAUGGGUAGUUUUUCCUUCAUGGGUUAAGUAUAAUUGCUGUUAUUCUCCCUCUUUGAAUGCUGAUAUUACAAGCAUUGCAAAAAUAUUGCUUGCCAUUCUGUUUCUGUGUGUAUGUUAAGCUUUUAAUCCAUCUUUUACUCAUUGACAGUGAAGGUAACUUCGCUAGUUCUGUUACUUACCAUUCAAAAUAUUUGGCAGUAUCACAUAACUUAUAUUUUGAAGGUUAUAAGUACUGAUACAAAACAUGGUUCCCUAGCAAAUCUGUCAAAUUGUCAGUAAUUUGUUCUAUUAAUGUCUCAAGUCAAUCAGGUAUUGUUUCUAAUAUAGAACUAUCCAAACCACGUAAUAUAUAUGUUUGCUAUAGUACAAUGUCCAUUAGAAUUAAAAAUUAUGGUGUCAAUAUUUGUGGUUUGGUUUGUUUCCCUGGUGUGUAAAAGGAGAGAGGUCAUGACAAAAAUGUUACUCUCUGUUAGCACCUAGACAAAAAAAAAAAAAAAGCGCCAUGAUGGGCUGUAUUUUCUAAGCAAAUUUAGUCUGCCUCAGCAUUUACAGAGUGAAGAUUCAGAUAUGGGUUGUUUGGUUGGUUGGGUUUUUUUUGUAGGAGCAGACUUAUACCCGUGCUUCCAAAUUAAAAAACACCAAAAAUUAAAACUCUGAAGCUGCAUUUGAAUUUCAUGGCUUAAGUUCAUGUUGAGAUUUGACUAUUACAAAUUCCGAAUGGAACUCACAGAUAGUGUAAGACAUCUAGGUCUGUAAGGCAUCUUAAAUUAAAUCACCAAAAGCCAUUCUUCCUUGCAUUUUUAUCCUGCUAAAGCUGAUUUUCCCAAGAUCAAUAAGAAUGUAUAAAAACCCUAACAGAUCUCUCCUUUCCUAGAAGUGUUAGACUUUAUACUCCCAGAACUGCAUUAUGUUUGUUGACAAUUCCAAUUGCUUUUCCCUUCUAAGCCCAGUAAAGGUAAAAAUGCUGAAGCUGUAUCUGAGCAUUUCUAAUCUAUUAUGAAAUCAUGCCUGGAAGGUAUGCACUAAGUGAGAAAAGUAGUUGACAUAGCAUGUUCCUCAUCUGAGGUGUUGCAUAUUUUAUUACAGUGCUGAUAGAAACUGCACUGUUAUAAUUACUCUGUGAAUUUUGUUCCAUAGUGCAACGUUCUGCUGUAAUGGUUCAACUCAUGGCAGUAUUAUUAUUUUUUUUAUAAGUGACCAUUAUAGAAAUGCAAUAGAUUUUUUUAGUAAGUAUGCGAUAAAACAUAUUUACAUUGGAGAGGACAUGCAGUGUGGAUUUCAUCUUUGUAUGUAGCACAGACUUCUGGCAUGUGUUUAAACUUAGAACAGUGUGAUCAGUUUGCUGUGACUGCAUUUAGAAUAUUUUGUGUUAAAAUUGUAGGGAUAGCAAGUAACUAUUCAUGUUAAAAAAAUAGAUUGUUAGAUGCUCAAAACAAUUAUGACCCUCUUGAAAUAAUGCAUUUGCCUCAAACACUGUGAUACAGAAACAGUUCUGUGAAGCGAAACAAUUAAUUUACUCAUUCUAAACACAGAAAAGGCUUUCUGCACACUACUACAAGGAAGUUCAUGUUCAAACUUUAAGUUAUAUACCCCAAUCUAGCAAAGGCACAUCAUAACUCCUGUUUUGCUUUUUGACCAAAAACUGUGCUCGAUUGUAAUACGGGUGUAUACUCUGUCAAACAACCUAAAAUAACAGACUGCUUUCUAGGGUAGAUCAAACUGAUUUGUAGAGUAGUUUCAUAUAUAUUCAAAAUUCAGGUUGGGCUGUUAUGUGAAGAAGAAAGAACUUCAAGGUAACAACAUUCAACUUUACUACAGUUAGUGAGCUGAAAAAAUUGUUUUAUAUAUAUAUAUAUUUACACACACAUAUAUAUAUAUAUGAUACAUAUAAAAUAUCUUUGUAAAAAAACAAAAAUAUGCAAGUGCAAUAAUUUAAAGAGGUCUUAACUUUGCAUUUAUAAAUUAUAAAUACUGUACAUGGUGUGUAAUUUUUUUCAUGUAUUCAUUUGCAGUCUUUGUAUUUAAAAAACAAACCUAAACCUUUACUAUUACGUUUGUACAAUAGAACAGUAAGCAUUUAUUAUGAUACAGUUAAGUUGUAAAUAAAUUCACAAACCAAACAGCCAGUACAUAUGCAUAUAUGGGUGUCCUAUUGUGAAACCUGGUUUUGCUUUUACUGCUGGCUUUAGCACAGCAAGACUACUUCUGUGGAUAUGUAAUUAUACAUAUAAAUAUAUGUAUGAUACAUAAAAUAUAUUUAGAAAUGUUCAUAAUUUUAAUUGAUAUAUCUAUACAUAUACUUUGGUGUGAAUAUUACUGAAUACAGAGUUUUUUAAUAUUA